CCUCGCCACUCGCCUCCCGUCAGUCGCCCGCCGACUCCGCUUGCGCUUGUGUGACUCGCGCCGCUCUGUGCACCGCACUCGUGCUCCGAACACGACGCGUGCCGCCCCGCUGUGGCCGCGAACCGCGACCUCUACGCUACCGGCGAACCGUUUCUCCUAACUUUCGUGCAAUUUGCUAUGUUUUAACAACUUUUGGACAUACACACUCCCCUACCCAGCUUGUUUACCCCUCAUCAUAGUUGAGCCCCGCACCGCACCGGCUUGCUCGCUGACCGCCGAGCCGCUAAUCUCGCUUUUUCGCGCCUCACCGUCGCCCGCCCAGACCCGCUCCGACCGCCGCUAUGCUCGCGCACCAAACACCGCUCGCCCUCUGCUAAACUCAACAAUCAACAUCGAUACGAACGCGUGUGAUAAUAAUUUAAUACUCGCCUAAAUAAGCUUGCAACUUCGGUGUCUUUAUUCUAACUUAAUUGUAGGAUUAAUCAUAAUAGUAGCGCAUCGCAACUCAACGCAAACAGUCAAACCGGUCGUUGCGUCACCGCAACAUUCGCGUUACAGUACGCGUGUGAAGUAGUGUGUGGUUGUGAGGGUGUACGGGUGCCGACUAGUGGCUGAAGACAGCGACUAGGAAGUGUAAGGAGUGCAUGCCCAGAGCGCCAGUGCGCGCUCACCCCCCGCGGCCUAUGCCCCGCAGUCGAUCCACGUAACUGCGUGCGCGACCUCCGCAUCCUACUCAAGUGGCAGCGAUGGCCACCAUGGUGAACAUGAAUAGCCUUCUGAAUGGCAAGGACUCACGCUGGCUGCAGCUCGAAGUGUGUCGCGAGUUCCAACGGAAUAAGUGCUCGCGGCCAGACACCGAGUGCAAGUUCGCACAUCCUCCAGCCACCGUCGAGGUGCAAAAUGGACGGGUCACCGCCUGUUACGACAGUAUCAAGGGUCGGUGUAACCGAGAGAAGCCGCCUUGCAAGUACUUCCAUCCACCCCAGCAUCUGAAGGACCAGCUGCUGAUCAACGGUCGAAACCAUUUAGCUUUGAAGAACGCCCUAAUGCAGCAAAUGGGGCUAACGCCGGGCCAGGUGCUGCCCGGCCAGGUCCCCGCCGUGGUGGGCGGCGUGAGCGGCACCGGCGCGGCCGCGAGCCACAUCGCCGCGCUGGACCCGAUCAGUCUCGCCCUGCUCGCCCCGCAGGCGACGUCCCCGUACCUGUCGGGCGUGCCGGGCUCGACGUACGCGCAGUACUACGCGCCGCAGCUGAUGCCGGCGGUGCUGGGCCACGACCCGAACGCCGCCGCGGCCUCGCCGCUCGGCGUCAUGCAGCAACCCGUGCUUCAGCAAAAGCUGCCACGCACCGACCGUCUCGAGACGGCCGCAGCAGCGCAGCAGCCGGCAGCGAGCGCGACUUCGGAGCCGGGCAAGAAACGGCCGGCGCCCGCCGAGCUCGAGCCGCCACCGAUGGACAUGAAGAGCGUCGGAUCCUUCUAUUAUGAUAAUUUCGCCUUUCCCGGGGUGGUGCCGUACAAACGACCCGCCGCCGACAAAGCGGGCGUCCCCGUGUACCAGCCGGCGACGACCUACCAGCAGCUGAUGCAGCUGCAGCAGCCGUUCGUGCCCGUGUCAUGCUGUGCGCCGACCAACGCGCCCUUUGUGGUUUACACCGACGAGCGCGGACAGUUACUGGACACCCUCCCGGUGUGCCAAGAUUUUAAUCGACAAGGAUGCACAAGACCUACCUGCAGAUUUGUUCAUAUUCGUGAAGGGUGCGGGCUGCAGGUGGUGGGGUGCCGCGUGGUGGUGUGCCGCGACGCCGCCGCGGGCGCGUGCCGCCGCGCCGCCUGCCGCUACUACCACAUCCCCGUGCAGUUGCCGCCGGCCCUGCGACCCCCCUAACCGCCCCGUCCUCCCCCUUCACCCCCACCCCCCUCUCGCCCUCACCUAGUUCUUCACCCAUCCGAGUCCGGUCCCAGGUCCCGGCCCGCAUCCCCGCGGUAUCCAUAUCGAUCGCGCCUCUGGCACACUCGGGUUCGGCAGGUUCGGCCGGAUCGCACUGUCGCUCCCGCGGCUGAGGUGGUGAUAUCUUAGUAAAUAUCGGUUAGUGUAGAGAGUAGAGCGGCCGGAGCGAGUCGCGCCCUCCCCCGGCCUCGUCCCUCCGCCGCCGGCGCGGCCCGCGACUCGCUCCCGCCGGGAACGUUCGUUAAGUCUUCGGGAAGGAGUGUGUACAUAUUGUAGCGGGAUAUGAUUCUCAGGCACGGUCAUGCGAUUGUGAUAUGAAUAGAUUUCGAGGCGCCGGAGCCGUUUGAGUAAUUUUAUCGAGAUCGUACCGAGAUCGUCAAAUAGUAGUUAGUGAGGUUUCAAAUGUUUUAUUACUAUUGUAUAUUUUUUUUAAGAUACGAUAUGAGUUCCUGUAAAGAUCGGUGCGUCUGCCGUUUGGCGUCGCACAAAAUUGUUGUAUAUAAGCGAUGUAAUGUUGAGACGGGCGGCGCGGCGGCGUGAGUGUCGCGUCGCGCUCGCGGCCCCGGCGCCGCCGCGCCGGCCACAGCUUCUGGCGAGACGGCCCAGGCCGGUGUCAAAAGUUGCCUCACCACACUCCUAAUGUGAGCAUUUUUGUGAGAAUUAUGUUAAUUUUUUAUGAAUUAUAAAAUUUUGUUUUACUAGGUGACAAGUUUACAGUAGUUUAGAUUAAGUGAACCAGUAAUGAAACACCAAUAGAGUAGCCGCUUCUCUCCUUCGGCACUAAAACUUUUGACGCCGGAGCACAAUUCACGUUCCGUCGGGCGACGCCGCGCGCGCCGCCCGGUUCACACUUAGCAUAGAUCACGACACUCGUAGAGUGAUAGAGGACAGACAUUCGAAAUACAAUGAACGUUAUCGGACAAUAUUAAAAUGAAGAAGGCAUACUUCCAAGCUAUUUAAAUUCUAGGAUAGAACGUCGGCUUUAUUCCAGAUAGAUUUUGCUAGAUAAUCAUUAUUUUAUUGAUAUCGAUCCUCGUUUAUCGAAGCACAAAAUAGUGACCGGCGAUCGAGUCCGAUUACCUCUCGGGGAAGUACAGCAUUACGAAAUAGCUAUCGUUUUUGACACAAACAGUAUUAACGUUUUGAUCAAAUUUAUCUCGUCGUAUGUAUGUAGGGGUGAUAUGCGGAUAGAGAGAGGCGGGCGUGCGCGCUAGCGCGGCCUCGGCGGCGACGCGAGCCAGCGAGGCACACGCCGCACGGCGCAAGCCACUCGGCCGCGACGCCGCACGGCACACGCCACUCGGCCUCGACGCCGCACGGCACACGCCACUCGGCCUCGACGCCGCACGGCACACGCCACUCGGCCUCGACGCCGCACGGCACACGCCACUCGGCCUCGACGCCGCACGGCACACGCCACUCGGCCUCGACGCCGCACGGCACACGCCACUCGGCCUCGACGCCGCACGGCACACGCCACUCGGCCUCGACGCCGCCGCCGAGUCCCGGCGCGCGCACCCCGGAGGCAUGGAAGCCUAAUGCCUAAUAUUAUUCCUAGUCCAUAUCCUUUUUGUUGAUCAGUCAUGCGAUUAAUAUUAGAAUAAAUAUUAAUAAUUUGAUUUAUUCCUCCCAUUUAGUGGAUAUUUUGAUAAUGAUAUAUUAAUAAUAAAAAAUAUUUAAGAUACAUAAUACAUAUUUGAUUCUAAAUCCUCAUAAAGUGACACUACGUUAGUAAUUUAGUCGGAGGGAUACUUGUGCCGUGAUUAUAUUUUUAGGUAUAUAUUAUGAAAUAAUUCCUAGCGUCGGAAUUAAAGAAGUGAUUAAUGUGUAAGCGUGUUAUGAUAUAUUUAUUGUCGUAUCGUAAGUGGAAUGCCAUAUCGAUAAAAGGUGAAUAUAUCGGAAGCGGAGUCAAACUCAUUAGAACUCGUUGCGUUUGUGUUUUAUGUUGGUUGUUAUUAUCGGUCCGUGCUAGUGGCUAGGGUGAACUGUUCACUUUUAUCAAUACGGCACGCAGACUCUUAAAUGUAUAAGUUGUCAUUUUAUUUUUUGUUGAAAUUUAUCGUUUCAUGGAUUAUUUGUUGCCUAUAAUUUUUAUAAUCAAAAUUUUAUGAUCUGACGCAUUUAUUGUAAGACAAUCGAUUACUUUUAUAUUAAUUAGUGUGAUAAAAUGACUAUGGUAUCAAAUUGCCGUUAUGAAAGAUGAACAUCGAAAGUAUCCUUCCUGUUUAGAAGGGACUCUUCUGGCCCAAGGUUUCUAGUGGAUUUUAUAUUUUUUCUUUUUGUUGUAUUUUUAAUGUUGCGUGUGUCUUACACAUAAUAUAUUUCAUUUUUGUGAUAUUUUUAACUAUAAAGUACUGUUAUUGUAAAUCCAAGUGGAAUAAUGAUGACCUUAAUAAAUAUUCAAGAAUUUAUUUGUAAAUCACAAAAAAAAUGUAAAACUGUAAAUAUAUUGACAAAAAAAUGAACUGCAACAAUAAUUGAUUAUUAUAUCUCUCAUCAAAUACACUGUAAGUUCUUUGAGUACCUUACUAAUGGUAUCUAAUUAUGUAGUACAGUCUACUUAAUGGUAAACCGGUCCAGUGAACAAAUAUUGAUAAUAUUGUGAACAUUUUUUAUUCACGAGCAAUCACAGAAAGUACAUGACAUUGUAAUAUUAUUUAUGAAAUUACUAUGUGAUGUGAUCUUCGGAUCAAUUUUGAGUACAGUAUAGAUAAUAAACAACUGAAUAUGUGA